AUGGCACCCUGGCUCCAGCUCUGUUCCUUUUUCUUCACGGUCCACGCCUGUUUGAAUGGUUCCCACCUGGCCGCCGCCGGCUUGGGCAGGAGAGGGCCAGCCGGGGACACCUGUGGCUUGAGGGGAAUGGUAUCAGCCAGGAACAGUGGACUGCUCAAUAUCACUUUUAAAUAUGACAACUGCACUUCAUUUUUGAAUCCAGUGGGAAAGCAUGUGAUUUCUGAUGCACAGAACAUAACCAUCAACCAAUAUGCCUGUAAUAACCAGGUUGCAGUCACCGUGCUUUGGACAGCAAAUGCUCUUGGCAUUGAAUUCUUAAAAGGAUUUCGAGUAGUACUGGAAGAACUGAAGUCAGAGGGAAGACAGUGCCAACAAAUGAUUCUCAAAGACCCAAAACAGCUCAACAGUAGUUUCAAAAGAACUGGAAUUGAAUCUCAGCCCUUUUUGAACAUGAAAUUUGAAACAGAUUAUUUCAUAAAGAUUGUCCCAUUUCCUUCCAUUAAAAAUGAAAGUAAUUACCACCCUUACUUCUUCAGAACUCGGCCAUGUGAGCUGUUGUUGCAACCAGACAACCUGGCCUGUAAACCUUUCUGGAAACCGAAGCACCUGAAUGUCACCCAGCAAGGCUUGAACAUGAAAGUGUCUUUUGACCACGCACCCCAAAGCUUUGGGUUUCGCUGUUAUUACCUUAACUAUAAGCUUAAACAUGAAGGGCCUUUCAAGCGAAAAACCUGCAGACAGGAGCAUAACACAGAGAUAACUAGCUGCCUUCUUCAAAAUGUCUCUCCAGGGGAAUAUAUCAUUGAGCUGGUGGAUGACACAAACAUGACCAGGAAGAUGAUGCAUUAUGUCCUAAAGCCAGUGCAUUCACCAUGGGCUGGACCAAUAAGAGCCAUUGCGAUAACAGUACCGCUUGUCAUCAUAUCGGCAUUUGCUACGCUCUUCACAGUGAUGUGUCGUAAAAAGCAACAAGAAAAUAUAUAUUCACAUUUAGAUGAGGAGAGUCCAGAGUCCUCCACGUACACUGCAGCACUCCACGGAGAAAGACUUCGACCUCGUCCCAAAGUGUUCGUCUGUUACUCCAGUAAAGACUGUCAGAAGCACAUUAAUGUUAUCCAGUGCUUUGCCUAUUUCCUUCAAGAUUUCUGUGGCUGUGAGGUGGCACUGGAUUUGUGGGAAGACCUCAAGAUCUGUAGAGAGGGACAGAAAGAGUGGGUGACUCAAAAAAUCAAAGAUUCCCAGUUCAUCAUUGUCGUGUGUUCAAAAGGAAUGAAGUACUUUGUGGAGAAGAAGAACAGUAAGCAUAGGGGAGGAAACCGAGAUAUGGGGCAAAAUGAACUCUUUCUGGUGGCCAUGUCCACCAUAGUGGAGAAACUCCGUCAGGCCAAGCAGAGUUCACACGAGCUCUAUAAGUUCAUUGCUGUCUACUUUGAUUACUCCUGUGAGGGAGAUAUUCCCGGAGUCCUGGAUAUGAGUGCCAAAUACAAACUCAUGGAUCACCUUCCUCAGCUUUACUCUCACUUACAUUCGCGAGACCUUGGCCUUCAGGAUUCAGAGCUGUCUGCUGUCAACAUCAGUAAGAGGAACUACUUUCGGAGCAAAUCUGGACGAUCUCUUUAUGUUGCCAUUUGCAACAUGCAUCAGUUCAUCGAUCUGGAACCCGAUUGGUUUGAGAAACAAUUCAUUCAUUUCCCUCCUCCUCCUCCUCCACUCAAUUACCAUGAGCCCAUUAUGGAGAAGUUUGACUCUGGCUUGGUGUUGAAUGAUGUCAUUGGAAAACAGAUGUUGGAGGGUGAUUUCUUCCUGAAACCCAAUGCAGCCUGUCUUGGGGCAGUCAAUUUAGACUCUCAUUUGAUCAUCCAGCAUUUAAGUCUGGAAGAAGACACAGUGUCUCGGGAUGUUCGCGAAGGCAGCUCUGUUCGCCACCCACUGUUGCAUGCUGUAAAAGCCAUCAACCCCCCUGAUAUGCCUCGAGAUUCGGGGAUCUAUGACUCUUCUGUCCCAUCAUCCGAACUGUCUCUAACACUCAUGGAAGGACUUUUAACGGACCAGAUAGAAAUAUCCUCCAUUGCAGGGAGUGUCUCUUCCUCUUCAGGCUUGGGCGAGGAAGAAACGUCUGUUCUUGCUGCCACCAAAUUCGUCAUCUCUGAUGUGUGUAAAGCAGAACUGAAUUGCCAAAUCUACACUGAUGAACUCCAGGCAAUUGCACCUUUAUAACCCAAUGGAAGAUUCUAAUGCAUUGCCACUUUAGCAACAAUGUUUGUCUUAACCACCACAUCAUCCCCGUAUCUGAAAUCUAUUCACUGGAUGUUGUGUUUUUGACCAGUAGAUUCUCCUCCUUCCCCUCUCCUCCUACCACCCACCUUGUUCUCAUGAUAAAAUCUUCACAAUUCUCUGCAAACCUUUUACAGAAGAAUGCAAAGAGGGGAUACAUAUAGAUUCUGAAAACAUUUUUUUCCAUGUUCUAUCACCUGUCUUGUACUGUGUUCACACAUCCCUGCAUUUUUGAACUUUUAAAACAAUAUUUUGAAAAACCUCUUAACAUGUGGGCAUAGAAACAGAGAGAGGCCAACUACCAACUGUCCAUUUGGAAUUGGCAUCUCAAAAAUCUCAUAUCGGUGUCUCUCCUCCCCCCUCUCUCCCUCCCGCCCCCCUUCCUAGUAAAAUAUUUAAUUGAGCAGCCACAUUUAAUAAAUAAGCAGAUGCAGAUUUACUGUUUUGAGAAUUUUAAUUUAGUUGCGAUAAAUGAUCAUAUGUCAUAGCAAACAGGAAAGCCCUUUGUCCUGAGAUAUUUAGAUUGGAAUGGAAAACAGUAGGAAAUAUCUCAGGAAUCAGAUUUCUGCUGCUAGUCUAUGAUCCAAUUGAACUUACUAAUAAACGAAAGGUCAGGUGUACACACCAGUACAUAUACCUUUCACUUUUUUUUGGAAAGCAAUUGGUUACUUGGGGGAUUGUGUUUUAUAUCUAGUUAAUAAGGGGCCAAUCCCUAAAUUGUCCCUUGUCUCUCCUUUCCCUCCCCACCCGCCUCUGCAUUCAUUCCACUAAAUGUUUUUUGUUGGGUUUUUUUAAUUAGCUGUUGGACUCUAGCAUAGGGAAUGUAUUCAUGCUCUU